GGGGAACCACGCUGCCUGGAGGACAUGGCUACUUCCAGGUUACCCCCAGCGACUCUAACACUAAAGCAGUUCAUGAGAAGGCAACAAGUUCUACUUCUCUACAGAAGGAUUUUGCAAGCAAUUCGGCAAGUUCCAAAUGAUUCUGAUCGCAAAUACCUGAAGGACUGGGCAAGGGAAGAAUUCAAAAGAAACAAAGGUGCCACCGAAGAGGAUACAAUCCGGAUGAUGAUUACUCAAGGCAAUAUGCAGCUCAAGGAGUUAGAAAAAACACUUGCUUUGGCAAAAUCUUAACUGUAGCAUUAUCCUGAAAGAUUUUCAAAGUCUCCAUGUAUAUUGUUGAGCUGAUUCGACUCCAUGAUGGACAGCCUAACACCAAGUCAAACUGUACAGUACUUGGGAAAAUACAGAACAUGGAGCAUGGCAUGUCAAGGAAAAACACAUCAGAACAAUUGCCUUAACACUGAAAAAUAUACUUUGUAUUCUGAAAAUGUUUUUGGAUAUGUCAGCAGUUUAAGUAGCAAAAACCAGUACAGGUGGUCAAUGCAGAAGGUGAUCCCUACCAUUAACUAUCUGGGAAAUGCAAGUCUAAACCACACUGAGACACUACCAUAUCAGCUGAAAUAACUAAUUAAAAAGAUAAUAACAAAUGGUGGUAGAGAUAUAGGAAAAUUGAACCUCUCACACAUUGCUGUGGGAAUAGAAAAUGGCACAGCCACUUUGGAAAACAGACUGUCAGCUGCUUAAGAGAGUAAAUUCGACAGUUCUGUUCCUAGGUCUGUAACCAAGAGAACUGAAAACCUUUCCACAAAAAAAUUGUACAGGAAUAUUCACAGCAGCAUCAUUCAUACCAGCCAAAAAAUAGAAGCAAUCCCAAUGCCCAUCAACCGAUAAGUGACUAUGAUGCCUAUAGAUUUAGUAAUAAAAAGGAAUUAAGUACUGAUACAUGCUACACAUGGAUGAACCCUGAGACCAAUCGCAGAAAAUCACUUAUUGUAGGAUUCCAUUUACAUGAAAUGUCUGAAAGAGGCAGAAAGAGGUGGUUGCUCAGGGCUGUGGAUAGCCUGGAGAGGAAUUUAAUGGAUAUGGGGUUCCUGUUCUGGGUAAUGAAAGCACUCUAAAGUUAGAUUGUGGUGUUAGAUGCACAACUCAAUAUACUCAAGUCCAACGAAUCGUACAUUUUGCAUGUAUGGUAUGUGAAUUCUGCUUCAACAAAGCUAGGUUUUUCUGAUUUUUUUUUUUUUUUUUUUUUUUUACUGAUAUACAGCAGUACUAUGCGUCAAUUAAAUAAGUCAAUAAAGCUGUUUUAAGAA